GUUGGGCUAGCGGAGAGUCAGAUGCGUAAACCGUCCCCUAUCACCCUCUUCGUGCGACUCGGAUAUUUGGCUGGCCUAUCUCCGAUACCUUCGAACCCGGUUGCCGACCACCGCCCACCGACACCGGAGUCCGGGAAAGGGGCUUGGCACGGACCUUGCAAUCCAGGGUACAGCCAUAAGCGCGACUGUCCGACCGAAGCAUACGGAUGCCGGUACAAUGUGUAAUGUACCGAAAACAUGAUUAUAUUCUCGAUGGCGCACCCGACAAGUCUCAGUGUACGCAUCGCCUCUACCAUUUGCAUUCUUGAAACCAAGCCUCCUCACCCAAUAGACGCCCAGCAUGUCAGCCCCAUACAUCCCCUACCGCCUCGACGGCAAAGUCGCCCUCGUCACCGGAUCUGGCCGCGGCAUCGGAGCAGCCAUAGCCGUAGAGCUGGGCCGCUGCGGCGCAAAAGUGGUCGUCAACUACGCCAACUCGCGAGAGUCGGCCGAGAAGGUCGUGGCCGAGAUCAAGAGCCUGGGCUCAGACGCCGUCGCCUUCCAGGCAGAUGUCAGGCAGGUCUCCCAGACGACCAAGCUCAUGGACGAUGCCAUCGCCCACUUUGGAGCCCUCGAUAUCGUGUGCAGCAACUCGGGCGUCGUGAGUUUCGGCCAUCUGGGUGAUGUGACCGAGGAAGAAUUUGACCGUGUCUUCAGCCUCAACACGCGCGGGCAAUUCUUCGUCGCGCGCGAGGCGUACCGGCACCUCUCCCCGGGUGGGCGCAUCAUCCUGACGUCGUCCAACACGGCCAAGGACUUCAGCGUGCCCAACCACUCGGUGUACUCGGGGUCCAAGGGCGCCAUCGACUCGUUUGUGCGCGUCUUGUCCAAGGACUGCGGUGACAAGAAGAUCACCGUCAAUGCCGUCGCACCGGGCGGUACCGUUACGGAUAUGUUCCACGAUGUCUCGCACCAUUACAUCCCGGGCGGGGAGAAGUAUACUGCUGAGGAGCGGCAGCAGAUGGCCGCUCAUGCGUCGCCCUUGACUCGGAACGGGUUCCCGGUCGAUAUUGCUCGGGUUGUUUGCUUCCUGGCUAGUAAGGAAGGUGAAUGGAUCAACGGAAAGAGUAUCACGCUGGAUGGUGGCGCAGCAUAAACCCACCUUGCAUUGUGCGAUAGAAUGGAGGGGGAAGAACGGGAGACUUUGGAUGAGCAUGGUGGCGAUGAAUUACAAUACACC